UCUGUAUCCUUCGCAUAAUCGACCGUAUAUAAAAGAAGAGAAGAAGAAGCAAGAAUAUUAUGGGGAAAACCUGGAGAUCGCCGGCGCUGAGUCAGCGAUCGGGGAAACGCCCGUGACUGAAGGACCAACCAAGUUAAGUGAAUCAAGGUAUCACUGCUGGUCAGUCGGAGCUCUUUCCUCCUCUCUCUCAGCACUGUGUUGGUUCCAAUCUCCUCCUGUCCUUCUGGAAUACUUCAUCCUCCUUGUCGUCUUCCUGCCAACUCACCGGUACCCUCCUUUUGUUGGGGGUCCAGUCAGGUACCAACCUUCUCCCCCCCUCAAAUCACCGCCUCCUCCUAUCCACCUCCCCGCCGCCAACUGUCCUCUGUAUAAGUCGACUUAUUAACGUCCGGCUCCUCCCCCUGUCCUGGUCCCUAAUAAUUCUCUCUAUGCUGUGACGAUAACUUAGUACAAGACCGGCAAUUUCAACCUCGCCCCUCGAGGGCCACCCCAAUCACCAUGUCCCAAUCCUAUCAGAGCCAUGCGGCCUCUCAUAGGCCGAUUCCAUCGUACAAUCCGUUGGCUGCAGUGAACGCCCCGGCAGGCACCUUCCUACCAGGAACCAAGGUCCAGGUCGGCAAUCAUCGCGUGGUCGUCGAAAAGUACCUCUCCGAAGGUGGAUUUGCCCAUGUGUACGUCGUGCGUCUCCCACAGCCCGUAGAUGGUACAGAUAGGGCGGUGCUGAAGCGGGUUGCGGUUCCGGACAAAGCGGCGCUCGCCAAUAUGCGGACGGAAGUCGAAACAAUGAAGAAAUUGAAGGGACACCGGCACAUCGUGAAAUAUUUCGACUCGCAUGCGUCUCAGCUCCGAGGCGGCGGGUAUGAGGUGUUCCUGCUCAUGGAGUUCUGCUCGGGCGGAGGCCUAAUCGACUUCAUGAAUACACGCUUGCAGCAUCGCUUAACCGAACCAGAAAUUAUUCAGAUCUUCUCGGAUGUAGCCGAGGGCGUGGCUUGCAUGCACUAUCUGAAACCCCCGUUGUUGCACCGGGAUCUGAAGGUGGAGAACGUUCUCAUAUCUCGUCACGGUACCUCGAGUGUCUACAAGCUGUGCGAUUUCGGAUCUACGGCACCCCCUCGUCCAGCAGCGACCUCGGCCGCGGAGGGUCGCCUGAUCGAGGACGAUGUGCAGAAGCACACGACGCUGCAGUACCGGAGUCCGGAGAUGAUCGAUGUCUAUCGGAAGCAGCCUAUUGACGAGAAGAGUGAUAUUUGGGCGCUGGGAGUACUUCUAUACAAGUUGUGCUACUAUACAACUCCGUUCGAAGAAGUGGGACAGAUGGCCAUUCUGAACGCAACCUACAAAUUCCCUAGUUAUCCGGUUUUCUCGGAUCGUCUUAGGAUGCUCAUUGCGUGGAUGUUGAAGGAACACCCGCAGAAGCGUCCCAAUAUCUAUGAGGUUGUGCGAGAAGUCUGCCACAUGCAAGGAAAGGAUGUUCCAAUUCGAGAUAUCUAUGCGCAUCGGUCUAAGUCGGAAGCCCGCCGCUAUCAGGAAUUACCGCCUUCCCCGACUGAGGCGCCACAAGUGGGCGCGGUGUUCUCUCCGCCGGUCCAGGAGACUCAAAUUAUUCCCGAGAUCGCCCCCAUGCGACGCGGGCGGCCGACCAAGUCGACCAAUUCCCAGCAUACUUCUGCAAAGCCAAGUCCAUCCCCGUUCCGCAACACCUCCACAGACCCUUUCGCUGCCCUAGACGGUGGGGCCAACAGGUCCCAGAACUCUACGGACGAAUUUUCGAAUCGGUUCCCUUCGUUGGAUCAAUUCGAUAUUCUACAUGAGAAAGGUGGAAAGUUCGACUUUGAGGCAGCGUUCUCCGAGACGAAGCAAGAGGAUAAUGAUCUUGCGAAGAGGCUCACAAACGCCCUUGCCGACGAUGCCUUUGCCAAACGCCCGUCUCCCGCGGCGAAUGAGCAAGCUCCCGAAACACCAGCACAGAAACCUCAUACGUCUCAGAUCAAGACCCGACCUGCCGAGUCUUUCAAUCAAUAUCGCGAGGAGCCUCAGCAGCCGCAGGUACCCCUGUAUCAACCUGUGCCGCAGAAGCCCACCAUGGUAUCCACAGGCACGAUGACCUCGCCACCAGAAACGCCAACUGUACCGGAGUUGAAGCCAUCCAGCCGUCCCAUCUUUCGAUUCCCUUCGUCAGACCAUCAACGUCGGUCCUCUAGUCAACCGUGGUCCUCUGAGAGUGACAAGAAGGCUUCUCGGUCCAUCAACCCUCCGUCCCCCACGAGGCCAUCCGUGGAUCCAAGAACUUCUGCAGACAGGAUUUCCGAUCUGUCGUCCUCUUCGUCGAGGCCUUCCUUGGAGGGCAUGCGACCGUCAAAUCUCGAGUUGGAUGAGAUCACGGGUCGGUCCAAGUCGGCGAACAGCAAGGCCCGCCCGUUGUCUGUUCAGGCAACUUCCAAGUUUGACUUCUCCCGCGGGUCCGAAAGCGCACGCUCCUCCCUCGAUAUCCCCAGACCCGCAUACGAUAUGGGUGCACCGCUGCAGCAUGCGCGGACGGAGACAGACCAGAGCUAUGAUCGGGCUAAUAUUUCUUCAGACAUCGAUUAUCUGCGAGCGAGAGAAGAGGAGAGCAACCGGAAGAAAGAGAAACGGUACAGUACGAGCUCCAAGCACAUCAAGCGGUCAAGUCUAUCUACAUUGUCACUCUCCGGAACCAAGACAUUGUUUGCUGGUCGGUUCGGUGACGCAUUCCGCCGGUUCGAGCAGAGCAACCAGGAAUCCAAGGCUCAGUCACCCGCGGCAGAAGAACCAAAACAGCCCCUGGCGGUGACUUCUUCGGAACUAGUGGAGCCGCCUGCUGAAUUAAGUGACCCCGAGAACGAUGACAUCUCCCCUGAGAUGCGUCGCGAGCUUGAGCGCAGACGUCUCUCCCAGGAGGAGAAGCGCGUCGCCAACGCCGCUGCGGAGUAUCGUCGUCAGGUAGCGGAGCGGGGUGAGGGGGGCUGGCGGCCAGGGCCCGAUACGCGGUCGCAGUCGAUACAGAACCGGGUGCAGACAUUCUUAGAGGAAAGCAGCAAAUCGGCGCCCGCUCCCAAGACAGCCACAGGCUACGGCCGGUUCACGGAGGAGCCCAGCGCUGCUUUGCCGGCAAAGCAGAAUGAGCCUCUUCCGGCCCCGCGGAUUAAUACGCGAACGGCAGCACCUAUGUAUGGAUCGCAACAGGGGCAAGCGUCGCCUGUGAAGGAUCGGUGGGAGACGCCCAACCUGCCUACCCAAGAGACGGCAUCCAGCGGCUAUGCCCAAUCACAGCGCACGGGGCCGUCUCGUCCAGCUGCCCCUCCCAAGCCCAAGAGCCUACAAGCUCGGGGCCCGGGGGCGCCGCCGGUCAGCGACCGCAGCCAGGCCACGCCUACUAGUCCAAGCGAGGAUUGGGAGGCCAACUUCAGUCGGCGGUUUCCGAGCCUGUCGGGAUUAGAGAUGGUAGAAACGGAGAUCGAGAUACCAAAUCUACCUAGUCUUCGGACGAAGGAGGUGUAAUUUUUAGUUGUCCAUUGUUUCUGUUCGAGCGUCAGGGGCUGUUGGUGCGAUAAUCGCUUGGCAUGUGCGUGUGUGUGUAUGGGUUCUAUAGACUCUGUGGACUAAUUUUGUUCUAUACGUAUAUAUAUAUCUAUAUCUAUAUUCUCUGAAUAUUGGAGACUUGCG